AUGACUCCCCGAACCAGUGCUCAGCACAAAGUUCGGAAGGCGAUGAGGGCAUUACGCGUAUUAUCAGAUCAAACAGCUGUUCAUCGAAAAAAAUUUGAGUUCGUCCUAAAUCAGCUUGAUAAAUUUGCAAAUUGGUACGAUGAACAGCCUGAAAAUGAUGUGAUAGCAAGAGAAGAAAUGAGAUCCAUAAAGAAAAUGAUUGGAUGCUUUAGUGAUUUUAAAAAUUUACUUGCUCUUUAUAUAAUUCAAACUUGGACAGUCCCUACGCUAGAAAAUCCAGCAAAUUUCGUUUACGAACAAAUAAAAACGCUUAUUAAUACGCUUCGUGAUGCAAUUGAUCCAUUAAAUCACGAAAUUUCGUUAAAUUUUGAUCCCGAAAGCUCAGAACUUCAAUUAUAUCAUGUAUAUGAUUUGCGUGCAAUCUGUGCAUCAUUUGCUGCAUUUCUUCAAUCCGAAACAGAAGAUACAGAUCUAAUUAAUCAAAUCCAAAACAGAUUUACAGAUAUUACGGAAUCUUUAGCACUUUUAGAUCAUACAAAGGAUGAAGGCAGCCGUAUGUUUUCUCCCAUCCCUAUAAAUUACCAACAAUGGCGAGUUUUUAUUGAUGAUUUCGAAAUUGAAGAAGAAAUUGGUCAUGGACUCUCAGCAGUUGUCUACAAAGGUACUUAUAAGAAAACAGGCGAGAAAGUCGCUCUCAAACGCUUUAAAUUUGUAAAUUUGAAUGGAUCAAAUUUACAAUUAUUCCAAAGAGAGGUUGCAGUCCUUGCUGUCUUAAAUAAAAUAUCCCAUCCAUGUCUAAUACGAUUUAUAGGUGCUACAGACGUGCCUCCUUACACGAUUAUCACCGAAUUCAUGCCAAAUAAAUCUUUAUUUGAUGAUUGCAGGAAAAAUCACAAAAUGUCGGCCACACAAUACACCAUUGCAGCCUACGACAUUGCCAGAGGCAUGCAGUACCUCCACGCAUGCCAAAUUGUUCACAGAGACCUGAAAUCUUUGAACAUUUUACUAGAUAACAACUACAAGAUCAGAAUUUGCGAUUUCGGAUUCGCAAAAUCGUUUAACGAUGACGAUACAUUCAAAGCACAAACCGUCGGAACAACACAAUGGAUGGCUCCGGAAAUUUUAGUUUCAUCUCACAAAUUUACGUCGAAAAUCGAUGUCUACGCGUACGGAAUUCUUCUUGUUGAGCUCCUGACCAAGAAAAGACCGUAUCCAGGCAUGGACGACAAGAAAGAAUUGGCUCAUAAAAUUGUCGAAGAAGGAUUGCGGCCAAAACUGAAAAAGAACACUCCACCGCUCCUAAAAGACCUAAUCACGCAAUGCUGGGACGCCAAUCCUGACGUAAGACCAACUUUUGACGAAAUUGUCCAAAGAUUUGAGAACUUAGAAAUAUAUUUUCCAGGAACAGACAUACAGGCCGUGAAGUCCUACAUCAUGGAGAACAGGACAGUCGCGGAAAAACUGUACGCAGAAUGGAAUUCCGCAAUGAAAAACGUAAAGUUCAAUCAUCUCCCUCUUGAACAGCUAGCCAUGCAAUUCUACAACAAAACAUUACCCCCUGAACUGGUUGGUGAUCUCUGGGCGAUCCUUUUUGAAACAGGAAUCCAACAUGACCAGAAAUAUAUUAUAAAAUUGCUAAAAUUCUUUGCAGGAACAUCAAAACUCAAAGAGUCAGCUGCAUAUUUGCGUAAUUUACCAACAAAUUCUGUUCCUGAAGAAGUUUUAAUUCCAUACAUCGAAGAAAUCCCAACAGGAUCACUUGAUUCAGAUACAAAUAUUAUUAUUGCUGCUUGUAAGAACGGAUUAGCUAGUAUGGCUGUUAUUUAUUCGAAUUCUGACCAAAAUUUAUUAUUAUCUCUCGAAGUUUUGGCAAGUACUAAGUAUAAUCCGAAGCUAGCCAUUGCAAUAGCCGAUAAAUGUGUCAAAGCGCUCUCAUCUGAUAACAAAUCCCUCAAAAUUGCGGCAAUAAGAUGGUUAUUAGGACUAAAAUCUGCAAAAAGGUUAUCAGAUGAGAUAAUACUUGAUCUUAUUAAGUCAGACGAUGAAUCACAGCGAAUGCUUGGCUAUUUGGCCGCAUCUGAAAGUCCGAGAAAAAUUGUUUUGCCAGAACUCCUCAAAAAGAUACCAGAUAAAGAUGCAGAGUUUGCUUGCUUGGCUGCAUGCUAUAAUUCUGACUUAGCUCUUGAAAUUUUGAAUCAAGUUCCAUUUAUCGACGAUUUACAGUUCUGUGCUAAAAUUUUGGCCAUUUCUUAUCAGUUUAUGAGCGUUAGAAAGCUCGCAAUGAACCUUGCAAUUGAUCCAAAGUUCAAAGAGUCUUCACAAGAUACUUUUGAUCUUUUAUCAAAGGUUUUUCAUAUUAAAAAAUAG